AUGAGUGAGUUGCAACGGGCCUGGGCCAAGCGAAAGCUUGACCCUAUGCAUCCCUUUCCCGAGCCGCUCAAUGACCUCGACGAGGAGCCCGACGCCGAUCAACUCCCCGAACUGCCGGAACACAUGGACGACGGGGAUUCGUCCUCGGCCUCGUCCGCCUCAUCCGCCUCCUCUACGGGCACCAUCAUCCCGUCUCCGAGCCAGAACUUGUUCGCUCGACCCCAAGGUGUAUCCCGGGGCCGCACGCUCGAGCAAAUCCCCUGGACGACCUACUUCGAGCGGGAGCUGUUUCUUGAGCCCGCGACGCCAGACGACAACGGCCCUCCCGCCGUGACCUACCACGCCUACCUCAACUCGCCUGUCGGCAAAGGCCCUCUCUUCGUCAUGCACCACGGCGCCGGCUCUUCUGGCCUGUCGUUUGCUGUUCUCUCGGCGGAAAUCAGGAAACGUCUUCCCUCGGCCGGUGUGCUGUCCCCUGACGCCCGAGGCCACGGCUCGACCGUCGUCACGGACGGCACGGAGCUCAACCUGAAGCUCGACGUCCUGACGGACGACUUGCUCAGCGUCAUCCAGCUCACCAAGACGCAAAUGUCCUGGCCCGAACUGCCCCCCAUCGUGCUCAUCGGCCACUCACUGGGCGGGGCCGUCGUCACCAACCUGGCCAAAUCGGGAAAGCUGGGGAGCUCGCUCCUGGGUUACGGGGUCCUGGACGUCGUCGAGGGCUCGGCCAUGGAUGCGUUGCAGAGCAUGUUGACGUACCUGUCGACGCGUCCCACCGGCUUUGCCAGCCUGCAGUCGGGUAUCGACUGGCACAUCCGUUCCCGCACCAUCCGCAACUCCGUCUCGGCGCGCACUUCGGUGCCGGCGCUCCUGGUCUACGAUGACUCGCUCGACCCAACGCGGCCGUGGCGGUGGAGGACAGACUUGGCGGCGACACAGCCGUUCUGGGAGGGUUGGUUCGUCGGCCUGAGCAAGAAGUUCCUCGAGGCGAGAGGCGGCAAGCUGUUGCUGCUGGCGGGCACCGACAGGUUAGACACGGAGCUGACCAUCGGCCAGAUGCAGGGCAAGUACGCGUUGCAGGUCUUCCCCGAGGCGGGCCACUUCAUCCAGGAGGAUCUGCCCGAGAAGACGGCGCUGGCUGUCGUGGACUUUUACAGACGGAACGACAGGAGCGCGCUGGUGCUGCCCCCGAAGGUGGGUGAUUUGUUGAAGCAGGGCAAGAGAGUCUGA